UACGCGAUAUUGGGCACAGGGGUCAUUUUAUCUGUGCCGAUUGAAGGUUCGGCCAAUGUGUAUGACACGACUCAGAAGCGAUAAUUUCGGUUGAAAAAGCCACCGCGCUCUUGAGCGAGCGUAGCAUUCGUGUCUGAAGACACCGCCAUGCCGCAGCAGGGACAGGGACGAGUGCACCGUUUUCGCGACCACGUCGUCUCCGGCGUCAACUGGCGACCGACGCGGUUCGUCGACGAGGUGCCGAACUCACGUGUAUGCGGCCUCUGCCACAUGAUCCCAAAACAGACGGUGCUGUUGCCGUGCUCGCACGCUCUGUGCCAAUCUUGCGACGCAUCCAGUCUCGAGGGGGGCGUUGGCCAGUGUCCACUGGAUCAAGUGCAAUUCGAAGAAGCGGAGUGCGUCGGUUAUGAAUUCCCUACCAGGAUAGCGAAUCGGUUGAAGGUGUACUGCUGGAACGAAGAGCACGGCUGCGAGUACACGGGCACCUUGGACCGCAUUCUGGAGCACUACGAGAAGGAAUGCACGUUUCACACCGUGGAGUGUUUGCGAUGCGGCGAGGGAGUCCAGCACCGAGACCUGCCAGCGCACUACGCCACCGGCUGCCGUGCCGGUGUUACUUCCGUGGUCACGGAGUGCCCAUCCACGGAGCUUAGAGCAGUUACACUUGAAGGCGUGAACGCAGCUCUUGAAGAACUGAAGGCGAGGCUAGGGGAUUCCAGCUGCGACCAGCUGCUGCCAGUGAUCCAAUGCCAGUUAAGUGACCUCGCAGAAAAAAUCGGAAGCCAAGAAGCAACGCUCGCUGCGAUCUCUCGCGAGCUCGGAGCAUGCGAGCGCAACUUAAAGGGCGAGAUUGCUGGAAUCGGCGCCACGAUAACAUCGACCGCGUCACACCAGUUGACCACUCAGCAAAGCCGGGCAGAGGAUGCCAGUGCGUCGUCGUCGUCACUUCGCUCGGAAAUGGCGAUGGUACUUCGAAAGUUGGAACAUUUUACCAACCUGUCACUCAGUACUCUGGAACACUUGCGACACACUUCCCUGUAGCCUGAUUGCAGUCGUCCUGGCCACUUGCAGUUGUGUGUGUGGCAUGAGCUUAGCAAAGUUUUGAACUCCUGACUCCUAAAGAAAGUGAACAAUGCGAACUUUCUUUUUUAAUUUCUAUGCUUUGUAACCACCAACCUAUUGUUUUAAAGGGCCCCUUGCCAGUUCUGGCCAUUUUUAACUGACGAGCGCAGAGUAUACAUUGCGCGAUAACAAUCAUGCCUGAAAAGUAUUACAUCGCUACGCGCUGCGGAAAGAUCUGAAAUUUCAAACCGAUAGCGGUUUUUCCUUCUCGCGGCCGCCCGCUCCAAGCCGGACGGUGACGUACUCGUGCCUCUGCGCCUACGUAGUCGUGUCCGCAGUGUGACGUCG